AUGUCGGCUAGUAGCCAUAGUUACGAGUACAAUCCCCAGGACGUGGGAGAGAGCUUUCACGACAAUGAGCAGUCUCUUAGAAAGGAUGAUGGCACUAAGGUGAAUGUCAAGAUUACUGAUUCUGUAGUCGAAUCAUCUUAUUCUUUGGAACUAGAUGACUUGGAGUCGGCAGAGGCUAUUGAGAAGAAUCCAUUUGCUGACCCUUCGACGGCAGAUUAUUACGCUAAAUUGUAUGACGAUGCUGGAUAUGAAUCAAGAAAGGCAUACGAUCCUAAUUUUUACUGGAGUAAAAAUGAGGAAAAAAAACUAGUUUGGAAGCUGGACUUCAGAUGCGGACUAGUAGCGUGUAUUAUGUUUGCUUCUUUGCAGAUUGAUCGUGGUAACUUGGCACAGGCUGUCGCUGAUAAUAUGUUAUCUGAUUUAGGUAUGACUACGGAUGAUUAUAAUACGGGGAAUCAGUUGUUUUAUGUGUGUUUCCUGGUUACAGAAAUUCCUUCACAAUUAAUUUCCAAGAGGUUGGGACCUGAUAGAUUUAUUCCAUUGCAAAUGGUUUUGUGGAGUAUUGUCUCCAUGUGUCAAGCAACAAUGAAUAGUAAAGGUGGAUUUUUUGCGACUCGUUGUUUAAUCGGUAUGUUAGAAGGUGGAUUUAUUGCAGAUUUGGUUCUUUGGUUAAGUUAUUUUUACAACAGUAAAGAAUUGACCAUUAGACUCUCAUGGUUUUGGACUACUUUGUCGGUAGUCCAAAUCUGUACUGCUUUAUUGGCAUUUGCAAUCUUAAGAAUGCGCGGUAUUGGCGGUCUGGAAGGUUGGAAAUGGUUAUUUUUGAUUGAAGGUGCCAUUACUUUCCUCAUAGGGGUGUCAUCCUUUUACUGGAUGGUUCCGUCUGCGGUACAAACUAGAAAUUGGAUGCAUCCUAAAGGUUGGUUCAAUGAAAGAGAGGAGAAAAUUGUUGUCAAUAGAGUUCUAAGAGAUGAUCCUUCCAAAGGUGACAUGCACAAUAGACAAACUUUGACGCCGAAAAUGAUCUGGAGGGCUUUGUCUGAUUAUGAUUUGUGGCCCAUUUAUGCUGUUGGAUUGUUACUAUAUAUCCCCAACGAUACUAUUCAGUCAUAUUUGACCCUUAAUCUGAAGCAGCUCCAUUUUAGUAGAUUCGACGUUCAGUUAUUAACUAUCCCGCCGUAUGUUCUACAAAUUGUGUUUUUGUUAAUGAUCACUUGGUUCUCAGAAUACGUUCAAGAAAGAUGUUUUGUCUGUAUUAUAUCGCCUGUAUGGGCAACGAUAUUUAUGGGGCUUAUCAGGUGGUGGAAAGGCUCUAUGCACGACGUUUGGGGGACUUAUGCAUUGGUCAUGUUAAUGUAUGCACAACCUUACGUGCACGCCAUAUGUGUCUCAUGGGUUUCUCGUAAUUCCAAUUCCAUCAGAACAAGAGCAAUUUCGUCUGCAAUGUACAACAUGUUUGUGCAAUUAGGUAGUAUCUGUGCCAAUCAGGUCUAUAGACAAGAUGAUAUGCCCUACUAUCACAGAGGUAACAUGCAAUUAUUCUGUAUUUCGUUGGGGGCAAUUCCACUUUUCCUACUUACAAAAUUCUAUUAUGUGACUAGGAACAAAAAGAAACUCAAGAUCUGGAGCAAUAUGUCAAAAGAGGAACAAGUGGAAUAUAUCAAUACCACUACCGAUCAGGGCAACAAGAGGUUAGAUUUCCUAUUCGAUCAUUAA